UUGGGUGCCGAGAUGUGGUUCGAGAUUCUCCCUGGGGUUGCUGCCAUUGGCAUGUGCUUGGUCAUUCCUGGACUGGUCACUGCGUACAUGCACAAGUUCAUGAACAGGGACAAGGAAAAGAGGGUUGCCCAUUUUACCUAUCAGUGGCAUUUGAGGGGAAGAGAUCGGUGCAUCUCUGGAGUUAAUUGUCACUAUGUGUCAAAGGGUUUGGAGAACAUUGAUUAAGGAAGCAGUUUUUA